GUCAGUCGUACGAGUGUGCUCCGGCCUAUCGCACUCCGGCGUACACGCGGGUGUGAUCGAAAUCGCCACCAAAGGGGCAUAAGCGUGGUGGCACUUAUGCGCGCAAGUGUUGUAAGCGGAAAGUUCUGUGCGUGUCAGCAAAACAUUCCAAUCGGAAGCAACAUUUGUACGCGUUACGGUUACACAAAGUGGACACACAGGCAAGUGGUCGUUCCGUGUAGUAGCACGGAAGCUAAGGCUGAUAAGUCAGAGAGCCGUCCGAAAAUUUGCGGUACAACGCAAACGCAACACAUUUCGCAGACAAACUGAUAACAAAACUGAUUUCACCGCAAAAUUAUCAACGGUCGUGUAAACCCGCCUCUACACGACCCCGACCAGCUGCUCUCCGGUGUGUUGGCAAAUCACUUGCUUUCGAAUGAAUUUGCUGUUAAAUUUGCAAAACCGUUCGAUACCGCACAGCAAUUAGUGGCCGCAUAAAUUAUUCACUUGUCCGAGCAGAAUCGCACCAACGUCGUUAUUGGCGCGGCGUGUAUCAACAUAUCACUGCUCGCUUCCGUGACGGGCGGUGUAGUGUGAAUAUUGGUAAACUGAAGCGUGAUACAGAGAGAAGUAGCGACCGCGUGAUACCAGAACCAUGACCAGGAGAAAGUCGGUGACCAUGGUGACACUACGGUGGCUCUUUACCUUGGGCUGAUUUUGCAAAAGGGGGAAAAACAAAGCUGGAAUGUUUCUCCUGGUGAAUCCAUAAAAGAAUCAUAGUAGGCUCGUUUGGAACAACGGUAUCGCAGGCAAAGUGUGUAUGUCCCAGUGUGUGAGUGAGUGAGGAAAUAAAGAGCGUUCGAUUUAAUAAUUACUUUUAAUUAUUUACCCUGUUAAAAAGUGAAAUUAACGAACGAGCGCUACAGCACGGCAAGAAAGAGCAAAAUCCGACGAAAUUAAAAAGUGCAUCGACUCGAUUGGUUCGUGCGAAUUCGAAGCGCACACACUUGUUCGAUGCAUGUGUGUUUGUAUAUGUGAUGUGUUGAAGCAGCAAUCCGUUUAAAUCACGACCAAACAUCAAACACGGAAAAACAAACCAUAAAACACACACGCGCGCGAUUCGAAAGGACUCGUCAGCUCACUCUCUUGCACGGGAUAAAAACCUGGUGGUGUGGAAAAUGAAUUGGACCCGUAAUCGAAUCAAUUAUGUAUAGAGUUGCAUUGCUGCUUCCGGUGCUACAGCUGCUGCUACUGCAGCCAGCGUCCGUUGCACCUGCACUCGCCGCCCAUGAGUUAUCGUUCCUGGUGCUAAGUCAGCCGGCCCGGUUCAAUGCGGCCCGGGCCCACCAUCUGAAGCGCAGCAUCGUCGAGCAGAUAAGGGAACUGAAUCAGGAAAUUGCACCGAACCGACCAGCGGACAGCGUGUUUCUCACGCACGAGCUGUUCCCCGAGCAGGACGGGGCAUGGGCGAUUACACCGAUCCUUGGCCACAUCCGGGCGGCCAUGCUGAAGUCGACGCACCGGACCGCCCGCUGGCUGAUCGUGUGCGAGGAGCAGAGCCACGUCAACGUGAGUCUAUUAGCGCACCAUUUGGCCAACGAGGAUUACCGGGAGAAGCUCUUCCUCGGCUACCCACUGUACGACCGGGAGGCGACCAUAAUUCAUCAUUUCGCAUUUUUCAAAAACCCCACCAGCUUUCUCUACCCUUACCUGCGGGCGGGCAUUGCGCUUACCGUCCCACUGGUCGAUCACCUGGUGCAGCUGCUCUCCGACACAGGCACACCCCGCCCACCCCUGUCCGAUUUCUUCAUCGACGCAGCGCACGAGUUCGCCCUGCUCGUCUGGCAGCGCGGUGAGGGAGUUCCGCUGCAGCCACGCCGCUACCUUUGCGCCAAAGCGCUUCCGAGCUGUGCGAUACAUGGUGCCGCAUCGCAGGACCACGGCACUUCCGGCACAGGGCGGGAUUUGCCGGACCGGCAUGAUGAUAGUACCGGCUGUUCAGACGAUCCCACUGAGGUCGAUCAGAUCAUGUUUGCCGUCAAAACGUGCAGCAAAUAUCACAAGGAUCGUGUGCCGGCCCUAAAACAGACCUGGACCAGGUACGUGCAGCACCUGCGGUACUUCAGCGACGUGGACGACCCAACGAUACCCACGAUUGCCACGUCCGUGCCGAACUCGAGUGCCGGCCACUGUUCGAAGACGUUGGAAAUUUUACAACUAAUCGGCGAUGAGCUCCGGUACAACGGCAGCCUGCAGGCGAUCCGCUGGGUUAUGCUGGUGGAUGACGAUACGAUCCUGAGCACCUCGGCACUGGCCCGCUUUCUAAGCUGCUACGACCCGGGGCGUGAUUUGUACCUGGGCGAACGGUACGGCUACCGUCUGCUGGGCGCGGACGGCGGUGGCUACAAUUACGUGACCGGCGGCGGCGGUAUAGUGCUGAGCGUUGCCAUCCUGGACGCACUGCAGCGUACGUGCGAAUGUCCGUCGGCCUCAUCGCCGGACGAUAUGAUACUGGCCGCCUGUCUGCAGCGGCUCGGCAUCCGCCCAAUCCAUUCGCCACUGUUCCAUCAGGCCCGGCCGUCCGACUAUGCGCCCGAGCUGCUCGACCGACGCGGGACGGUGUCGUUCCACAAGCACUGGCAGAUCGACCCGCAGCAAGUGUACAACAGGUGGUUCCGGCAGCAGGACGAGCAUUAUUUCGCCCAUCAGUCCUGUCCACCGGACGGGGGAACGAUUUGCAAACACUCAACCGAGCUGGUGCGUACGGCAGACCUUCUGCGACCUGCUGCGCUGGGAUCCAUCACAGCCGGCAGCGCGAACGGUAGCGUACGCGAGCACGCAAGGAUAGGGCCCUCGAACGAGGACGAACAUAGACGGCCGACGUCGCAGAAUGAUGACCGUCAUCAGCAGCAGCAGCAGCAGCCGGCCAGCAGCGGUCAGCCCAAGCAGCCGGGACGAUCGUGGUUGGGCAUGACCGCUUCAACCACACCGGAAAGGGAUGUAGCAGUGACAGGAGCAGCAGUGACAGGAGCAGCAGUGACAGGAGCAGCAUCAUCGCCACCGACAGUACCGUCGGCGGAACAACAUAUCACGCGCAAACAUUUGUGCGCAAGUAAUGAGCUUCAAUCAAACGGCGACCUUCUGGUGGGACGGCAAAACCUGCAGGAGUCGGCCAACAUAAUCAAACACACGGAUCUGUAAGUUUGGGAGCGAUGAAAGGAGAAGGGGAUAAAGGUCACGUGUGUGCCGCUAAUUUCGGUCUUUCGUCUGAAGGGAACUAAAAGGUCUGUGUGGGUUUGUGUGUGUACACGUCCACACUGUGUACGUAAAUUGCUUAUACGGUAGAAUAAAGAUUAUCGCGAUUAAGUACUCUGU